AAUAUAUAUAUAAAUAAGCAAAACCUCCAGAGCAAAUUUAUGCAUGAAUUUUGAUUUAUGAAUGUUAAGUGUUUAUUCCUUUACCUGCGUUUAUUCACGUCCUUCAUUUCGGCAGUGUUUGUAAUGCGUGUUAAACACAAAUUAUGCUAUGUGCUAGCUGGCAUGAUUUGUUGGUAUAUUUCCACUCUUUAAUUGCCCCUCAGAGCUGCGCCGUCGCCUCGAUCUGCCCCCACCUCGCGCGCGACCCGCUGACAGACACGGAGCGACAGGUGCGACGGCGGAGCAGGUGCCAAUAUGCAAAUGAGCAGGACGGCUCAAACGCUGAUUGGUUCCCCGAGAGCGGCUUUAUUGGCAAGCGACUCGUGUCUACGUCACGCAAAGCCGGGCCGCCUAUAUAAUGAAGGCGAAAGACUAGUCCAUCAAUGAAAUAGUAAAGAGAGGGAGAGAGGAGAGAGAGACCGAAAGCAUUCCCGACUGUAAUUAAAGGAAGCGAUUCCUUUGCUAGUGUCCUACCGCGAAGACCAAGAUCAGAAAGGAUCAGAAUGAAGUUUAUUAUUGGAAUAGGAGGUGUGACCAAUGGAGGCAAGACGACUUUGACGGGAAGACUCAUAAAGAACUUACCAAACUGUUGUGUUGUACAUCAAGAUGAUUUUUUCAAGCCCCAAGAUCAAAUAGAGCUCGGGGAGGACGGCUUUAAACAAUGGGAUGUGAUUACCGCCUUGGACAUGGACGCCAUGGUGAACACGGUUAAAGGAUGGAUGGAGAACCCGGUGAAGUUUGCGCGCUCCCACGGCGUGACCGUUUCACCCGCAUCUGACGGCUCGGACCCUGAGCGUGAGAUCCACAUACUCGUUAUAGAGGGAUUUCUUCUUUAUAACUACAAGCCUUUGCUUGACGUCUACAGCAAGUGCUACUAUGUCACCAUUCCAUACGGGGAGUGCAAAAGGAGAAGAAGUAUGAGAACUUACACCGUUCCCGACCCUCCUGGUCUGUUUGAUGGCCACGUGUGGCCCAUGUACUUGAAACACAGGCUAGAGAUGGAAAACAGUGGCCAAGAUAUCCAAUAUCUGGAUGGAAUGAGAACAAAAGAUGAGCUCUAUAACCAAGUUUAUGAAGACAUUCAGAACUCCCUAUUGAAUGUUUUAUAGCAUCUCCGGUUGGAAUGAAGAUGUGUGUGUAUAGAAUUGUAAAUAGCUUCUGCCACUAGACGGAUUUUGUAAAUAAAUACUAACUUAUUUUAAAACUGAUGGCAAAAGCCUGUAAUUUUAUAUUGCUCUAUGUAACUUUGUUUUGUUAAAAGCAAGCAUUACUGUCUGGGAUGCCCAGAGACGAACAGUAUAUGGCAAUUAUGACUUUGUUUUCAUUUCACUGUAACCGAAGCUCUGCCAUCUUCAGUCAGAACAGACAUCUGUGUUGUGUUUUCAUUCUCAACAUUGGGACAUGCAUGGAAAACAUCUAACUUUUUAUGAUUGCAAUGUCUGGAUUAUGAUGGAGGAAUGAACAAAAUAUUUCAUCAAAUUUUUUAAUAAAAAUGUUGAAAUAAAAUACAGUAAAU